GCAUCUUUAAAAGCGACUCUGUAACUUUAACAGCGAGCCCUGGCCGGAGGUUUCUCUCCAAACUUGUGCCCCGGCAGCGUCCAGCGUCCCAAUGACGAAAGCAGUUGUAACUCGAGCGCGGGGAUAUCUUUAGCCCGAGCGAGAGAGAGGCGCAUUCUCACCCCGCGCGCAGAGCUGCAGGAGCCGCGUAGAAGGAGACCGCUCGCAGCCUCUCACUGUGCCUCGCGGAGCCAGGGGGGACUGGACAGGAGGCGGAGGCAGCGCGGUGCCGGGUCUCCGGGCUGAGACACAUGUCGCCCGCUGGGGCGCGGGGUCCGGGGAGCAUCCAGCCGGAGGGGACCGCGCAGGACGCGCGCUCGAGAAGGCGCUGACUCCCGGGGCCCCUUUCCUUCUCUGGCGUCCUUGAUCACCCUGUGCGCGCGUCAGGAUGGUGUGGGCGACGCUCCUGGGGCUCGGCCUCCUCUGCCACUUGUGCCAGGGCUACUUCGAUGGCCCUCUGUACCCGGAGAUGUCCAACGGGACCCUGCACCACUACUUCGUGCCGGAUGGGGACUACGAGGAGAACGACGACCCCGAGAAGUGCCAGCUGCUGUUCCGCGUGAGCGAGCGCCACCGCUGCGCCCAGGGCGCCGGGGGCCCGGCCGCGGACGCGCUGCGCCUCAGCCUGCGCGAGGAGUUCACGGUGCUGGGCCGCCAGGUGGAGGACUCGGGCCGAGUGCUCGAGGGCAUCAGCAAGAGCAUCUCCUACGACCUGGACGGCGAGGAGAGCUACGGCAAGUACCUGCGCCGCGAGUCGCACCAGAUCGGGGACGCCUACUCCAACUCGGACCGCUCCCUCACCGAGCUGGAGAGCAAGUUCCGGCAGGGCCAGGAGCAGGACGGUCGGCAGGAGAGCCGGCUCCACGAGGACUUCCUGGGGAUGCUGGUGCACACCCGCGCCCUGCUCAGGGAGACGCUGGGCAUCUCCGCGGGGCUCAGGGACAAGUACGAGCUGCUGGCUCUCACUAUCCGGAGCCAUGGCACGCGGCUAGGGCGGCUGAAGAAGGACUACCUGAAAGUGUAGGUGGCUGGUCAGAAGCGCCGUCCUGCCUGCCUGCGGUGGGGUGGGGAGAAGGCAGGGCUCGACUUUCCCUUGUACUUGCUACUUUUUAUAUCCGGAUUUGCAGUUUGAGGAUGGAUGUGAGGCCAUUUGGAAAGGCUCAGAGGUCAAGUGGUUGUGCUUUGUGCGUUAUUUAUGGGAUCUGGAUUUGUGUGUGUGGCACCUAUAAAGACGACACCUUGUGUCGUCCAAUUCCAGCCACACCUCCAGUCUUUCCCAGCGGGCGCUUCCGGACUCUGCAAAGACAGGGCGCCAGCCGCAAGGGAAAUGGCAGUGGGGACUGGCGGAGGGUAGGUUCUGUCCAGGA